AUGAAUAAGCAAGUGUGUCAAAAGUUCCAGGAUCUAAGGAACUCGCUUCCCGAUAAUUUGAGCGGUAAUGGAAAGUAUGAAUUUACAAAUGAGGAUGAUUUCAAAGACUACUGUACUGGUAAUAAAUGUAAUGAUGAUACCGGUAAAAUUAGUGCUGGAUGUUUAUAUUUGCUUGAUGCAUUCUUUAAGGAUAAUUCUGUGUUUAAUUCUGUUGCAAAAAGUAACAUCAAUAUUGUUGAAUACAUUAUCAUAUGGUUAAGUUAUAUGUUAAUCUUUACCCCAAUUUAUGAAAACACCAGUAUAGAACCUUUUUAUAAAAAAUAUAUAAAUAAUGAUGAUACAGAUAAUAAGUAUAAACAGGAAAUAUAUGGUGUUACUGAUUAUAAUAGUUAUAAGGAUCUUAUAUAUAAAAAACAAAAUUUUAUGAGUAUUAGUAUUAUAGAUAUGUCUAAUUUUUAUUAUGCAUUUAUAUUAUUAUGUGACAUGUAUAUUGGGCUUGAAAAAAACCCAAAUUGCGAUAAUUAUUUAGAAAAAGCUAAAAAUUUUGCUGAAAUAUAUGAUUUACUUAAUGAAGAUUAUUAUAAUGGUAAAGGCAGCCCCUAUAAUCAAUUAUUAUCUACAUUAUCAGAUGAUUAUUGUAAUUUAAAAAAUAAAUGUAAUCAAUUUCCAACUCUUCCAACAUAUUCACGAAGAUUCGUAAUAAAAAGGACACUAAUUCCAAUUGCAUUUAUGAUUGUUGCAGUAUCAAUUUUCUUGGGAAUUGAAUAUAAGUAUUCGUCACUUGGAUUUCGGAAACGAUCUCAAAAACAAUGUUUAAGAGAAAAAAUAAAAAAUAUAAUGAAGAAAAUGAUUCAUUAA